AUGAUUAAUCCAAAGGAAACCGAUUUGCCCCAAACUAAUUACAGGAAGUCGAGAACUAACAAGGCGUUCAGUGAUUUUGUCGACGAAAUGGCGGCUGAAAGUGAGACAGAAUCGCCUGAAUAUUUAACUUUGAAAUCUGAUCCCACUGCUUUAAUGUCAACCCCGCAGCUGGCGACACUUCAUGGAAAGCGCAUUGAAUCACACAUUGUUUUAACGAAGGAUGGAUAUUUUCUAACUUUACAUCGCUUAAUUUCGCCCUGUCGUAGAGAUGGCGACAAAAGUUAUUGUAACAACGAAACAGUGUUGCUCCAUCACGGUUUAUUAGGUAGCUCAGCUGAUUGGAUUUUACUAGGUUCAGAUGAUUCUCUACCAUAUAUACUGUCUAACCUUGGAUACGAUGUUUGGCUGGCGAACGCUAGAGGUAACUACUACUCUCGCGGGCACACGUCCAAACAAGUAGAUAGUACAGACUUCUGGAAAUUUUCAUGGCACGAAAUGGGGUAUUAUGAUUUACCAGCUGUUAUAGAAUAUAUGAAAACUGUUAAGAACACGAGUAGCAAAAUCAAUUAUGUUGGAUAUUCUAUGGGCGCUUCGGCAUUUUUAGUAUUACUGUCUUCGUUACCACAAUAUAGUAACAGUUUUAAAAUAGCAAUAUUUUUAGCUCCACUAGCGUUUUUGUCAAAUACAGAGGGACCUCUUCGAAUACUUCGAGCGAUGGCCUUUGAUCCACCUUUGCAUUUAUUAAAACUACUGGGAAAUGGAGAAUUCAUGCCAAAGAGGAAAGUUCCAUACUGGAUUUCUAGUAAAUAUUGCCAGGGCCCUGAACUUUUCUGUUGCAAUCCAUUGUAUUUCUUCACAGGAGCGAUACCGAGCGACACCGAAUAUUUAGAUAGAAGUUUUCUAGCAAGAUUGAUGUAUCAUGUUCCUGCAGGUGGUUCAACUAACACAGUACUACAUUACGCGCAGUUGAUAAAAACCGGUAAAUUUCACAAGUUUAAUUAUGAAACUGAGGAGUAUCCUUUGAGUCAGAUAUCAGUGCCAAUCGCGUUAAUAUCCUCAACCGAUGAUACGCUAGCAACAGUGGCAGAUGUUUUAAGGCUGUAUUUCAGCAUACCGAAACCUAUAGACCACUAUGUGAUCCAUGACAAGAAUUUAAAUCAUACAGACUUUAUAUGGGGACACAAUGCAGCUGAGUUAGUAUUCGGCAAAGUUGUUGAGUUUCUAACAACGGGUUUAUAUUUUAACACAACACGAAUCAAUGAAGUGUAA